UUCCACACAUCUGGGGAGGAGCAUCCAGCUGUGCCCAAGAUGUGCCAGCCCCGGCCGCUGCCCGCCCUGCUGCUGCUGCUCUGCUGCCCGUGGGCUGGUGCCAGUGCUCUGCGGGGUGGGAUCGUGGGCGGCCACGAGGCGCGGCCGCACUCGCACCCGUACAUGGCGUACCUGAAGAUAGCAGGGCUGGGGGCCUGCGGGGGCUUCCUGGUGGCCCCUGACUGGGUGAUGACAGCUGCACACUGCAUGGGGAAUAUCACAGUCAUCCUGGGGGCUCACAACAUCCACGAGCCAGAAAAAACCCAGCAGGUCCGAGGUGUCCACAAAUACCACGAGCACCCCGAAUACAACCCCGAGACGGUGGAGAACGACAUCAUGCUGCUCCAGCUAACAUCAAAGGCCACCCUCAAUGACUACAUCCAGACCAUCCCACUGCCCAAGACCGGCAGCGACCUCCCCACGGGCACCAACUGCGUGAUCGCCGGCUGGGGGCGGAUCGACGAGGACAGGGCCACCAACAAACUCUUUGAGACCAAAGUCUCCAUCUACAGCCGCAGGAAAUGCGUCCUCUUCUACCCACACCUCGAUUCUGGCAUGGUUUGUGCUGGCAGCUUCCACCAGCUGAAGGAUUCCAGCCAGGGAGAUUCUGGUGGGCCCCUGGUAUGUAAUAAAGUGGCACAAGGCAUUGUUUCCUUUGGCUACGACUCCCCACCCGGGGUCUACACCCGCAUCUCCAACUACCUGCCCUGGAUCAGAAAGGUCAUGAAGGAGUAGCAGCAGCAGUGGCAGCACUUCCUGCACCUCAGGUGUGGCCCUGGAGACUGCAGCGGCUCCUCCCUGCCCCUGCUGAAGGCUCAACCCCCUCCUCUCUCCUCGGGAACCCAAGAGACCUGAUCAAUCCCUUGAGAGUCCCCUUCCUUCUGCUCUGAGGCUGCUGCCUGUGCCAUUCCCUGCCCGACUCAGGACUGUUCAACCACCCUGGCAGAAGCAGGGAUAGCCCCAGAUGGCACAAAAAGAUGGCACAAAAAAAUGGCA